GAGAAUCACAGCCUUUCCCAAUGAUUUACCUAAUGAGUGUUACUCACCGAGAUAACAAAACUGUGUGUGAUGGGCAUUGGGUUCAUUUGCAUCAUGUCUCAACAACAAAUUGGUCAUCGUCAAUUUACAUACCACAAAAUAGAUACGUGAUGGCUACGUAUUCAUUCAAACACCGCCCUGUAGGAGUAGCACAAGAACAUGCCACAAAUUCAGUCGGAAACUGGAACCUGGCACAAUUCGGUGUGUGAUUAUGUUUGGCAUUGACGUUUGCAGAAUAAAAUGGAGCACCUGGUUCAUCCUAUUUAUUGUACCAAUCAUUUUUUAUUGCAUAUGGAUUCGCUCACGAUUCGUAAGGCUCGUGAACGCGCUCCCGGGGCCUAAACAGUUUCCUUUGUUGGGCAACCUCCUCGAGCUGAGCGUCGAUUAUGAUGAAUUUCUGAGAAUUUUAACAAGUGAUUGGGUAAGGAAAUACGGAAGCAUUUACCGUGCGUGGUUCACGGUCCAUCCAGUGAUUUUCAUCGCCUCACCUGAACUACUGGAACCAAUCUUAGGAAGUCAUUCACUUAUUUCUAAACCAAAGGAAUAUCAACUGCUGAAGGCAUUUAUCGGUAACAGCCUUGCUCUAAUAACAGGAGACCGAUGGAAAAAUCGCCGCCGUCUGCUAACACCGGCAUUCCACGUUCAACAUGUCAACAGUUUUGUGAAUAUUUUCAACGAAAAGAGUGUAGACACUGCACGCCAAAUGGAACACGCCCUUGACAUUCGUGACGAAUUGGACGUUUUUCCAAUCGUGACGCAAUGUGCUUUAGAUAUUCUCUGUGAAAGUUCCAUUGGUCGCAAGACAAGAAGCCAAGAAGAAAAAGAUCUUUACUUCCAAAACCUUCAUAAAGUUCAAAUGGUUUUCAUGGAACGUUUAGUAAAGCCAUGGCUUGGAAUCGAUUGGCUUUUCCAGUUAACCAAUCUCGGUUGUUUAAACAAACAUUACGUUGCUGCCGCACGCUCGUUCACCGAUGCGGUAAUUCGUGAUCGCCGUGAAUGGCUUAAAAUGGAAAUGGAGAAAUAUCGUGAUCAAGGUGCACCACAAGAAACGCAGGACGACAUCGUGAAUCACGGAGAACAUCUUUAUCAAUCAAGAGAGAGGCCUGCCCUUUUAGACAUUCUUCUCAAAGCAUCUGAGGAUGGAGAAAUGAUUAGCGAAGAUGACAUCAAAGAUGAAGUCAAUUUAUUUAUGGUGGCGGGCCACGAAACGACAUCAAUUACUUUAUCAAUGUGCCUCUACCUGAUGGCCAAACAUCCCGAACAACAGAAAUUGGUAAUGCAAGAAUUGAGGCAAGUGUUUGAUGACUCAACCCGUCCGUGCUCAGUGCACGACUUGGGCCAGCUCAGGUAUUUAGAAUGCUGUUUAAAAGAAACCUUACGGCUAUACACACCUGUGCCAUUCAUUAUGAGAUACCUGACAGAAGACGUUCAAACAGGUGAUUAUAAUUUACCUAAAGGGAGCACGGUUGCGUUAAUGCUUUACAGCAUGCAUCGCAAUCCUCUUUUCUAUCCAGAUCCUGAAUGUUUUAAACCGGAACGAUUCCUUCCGGAGAACAGCAUCGCUCGUCAUCAAUACGCUUUCAUUCCAUUCAGCGCCGGCCCUCGCAAUUGUAUCGGUCAGAAAUUCGCUAUUCUUAAAUUGAAAGUCUGUCUGGCCAAUUGGAUGCGCCGAUUUCAUUUUAGCGUCAAGGAUCCAUCGGCUCCGCUUUUCGUUCCGUCUGUCGAAGUGACGCUAAAACCCAAACACGGCGUUCACCUUGUGAUUAAGAAACGAUCUGCUAAAAGGGGUGUUAGUGACGUGUCUAGACAAGUUUAGCCCACUAUUCCCCAGACGAAAGGUAAUCCGCACAAGAGAAUAAACCGAUAAUGCUGAA